AUGGAGUUUAUUGAAAAGGCUGGGCUAAUGAAAACCGUGGUUGGUUUAGGAAGAUGUUUUGACAAGCUUGUCAAGGAAUUCAUUGUCAACAUCUCUGCUGCUUGCAAUAUCUCUGGAAGUCCAGAGUUUCAUAAAGUCUUUGUCAGUGGUAAAUGUAUCAACUUUUCUCCUUUGAUUGUUAAUACCUAUUUGGGCAGAAGCCCUGUUGAUGUUGUUGGUGAAGAGGUCUCACUGGAUGAGAUUGCUGCUGAGAUUACUGCUGGCCAAGUCAAGCACUGGCCCUCUAAAGGUUUGUUAUCAUCUGCUCAUCUGAGUGUCAAGUAUGCCAUCUUGAAUCGUAUUGGGGCUGCAAAUUGGGCACCCACCAAGCAUGCUUCAAAUGUGUCCUCUGGACUUGCAAAGCUGAUAUAUCUGAUUGGCACUCAUGCCCAGAUUGAUUUUGGAUCCUUUGUUUUUGAACAAACGAUGAGGCAUGCUGACUCUUAUGCCUUGAAGCUUCCUAUAAGUUUUCCCUUCAUGAUAUCUGAAAUCAUUCUAAAUCAACAUCCAGAUAUUCUUUUUGCUGAUGAGUCACCUAGCGUAAAGGCUAGUCUUUUGACUGUUGAUAACAGGUUGCUGAUUGGGACCCAUGUUCCUGAUGUUGCUGGCAUAACUGCUAAGUCUUAUGAUCCUGGUGCAAGUCUACUGAGACAGCUCUUGCUGAGUUAA